AAACUGAACCUGCGAAAUGCCUCCAGCCGAGAGCGGCGAGCUGCUGAACAAGAAGCCCAGCUCUUGUCCCAGCUGAAGCAUCCCAAUAUUAUCACCUACAAGGAGUCCUGGGAGGGAGGGGAUGGUCUGCUGUACAUCGUCAUGGGCUUCUGCGAAGGAGGUGAUCUGUACCGAAAGCUCAAGGAGCAGAAAGGGCAGCUUCUGCCUGAAAGUCAGGUGGUGGAGUGGUUUGUUCAGAUCGCCAUGGCUCUGCAGUAUUUACAUGAAAAACACAUCCUUCACCGAGAUCUGAAAACUCAAAAUGUCUUCCUAACGAGAACAAACAUCAUCAAAGUGGGUGACCUAGGAAUUGCCCGAGUGUUAGAGAACCACUGUGAUAUGGCUAGCACCCUCAUUGGCACACCCUACUAUAUGAGCCCUGAAUUGUUCUCAAACAAACCCUACAACUAUAAGUCUGAUGUUUGGGCUCUGGGAUGCUAUGCUUAUGAAAUGGCCACCCUAAAACAUGCUUUCAAUGCAAAAGACAUGAAUUCUUUAGUUUAUCGGAUUAUUGAAGGAAAGCUGCCACCAAUGCCGAAAGAUUAUAGCCCAGAGCUGGCAGAACUGAUAAGGACAAUGCUGAGCAAAAGGCCUGAAGAAAGACCCUCUGUAAGGAGCAUCCUGAGGCAGCCUUACAUAAAGCGCCAAAUCUACUUUUUGGAGGCCACAAAGGCAAAAACCUCCAAAAAUAAUAUUAAAAAUGGUGACUCUAAAUCCAAGCCUGUUUCUUCAGUGGUUUCUGGAAAGGCUGAAUCAAAUCAUGAAGUAGUUCCCCCCCAACCACAGCCUUCUGAGGGCUCCAAGACAUAUGUAAUGAGCGGAAGGGAGAAGGAGAAAGAGAUAGAGCCUUGUUAA